AUGGCGACAACAAACAAGAAAUUGCAGAAAAUUAUGACCCAGCCUAUAAACCAAAUUUUUAGGUUUUUCACGAACAAAACAGUGGUCCAAAUUUGGCUGUAUGAUAAACCAGACACACGAAUUGAGGGGAAAAUUCUGGGUUUUGAUGAAUACAUGAACAUGGUUCUAGACGAAUCAGAAGAAAUUUCUGUGAAGAAAAAUACGAGAAAAAUCUUGGGGAAAAUUUUGCUUAAGGGAGACACCAUAACUCUAAUAAUGGAAGCGAAAAAGACAGAACAAGAAUAG